UUUAAUAAGUGUGAGCACGUCUCAAGCAGGGCUAAAAAGAUCUCGUAAAUCAUUAUUAUCUUUGUCGUAUCGAAUGAAAGUGCGUGAUAAAAAAAUCCAUCGACCUUUCCAAUGUGAAUGGGUCCCUGUCCCAUUAGAAUGAUCAGGAACGAUGAUUUUUGGGCUAUUUAUAAUGCAGAUAAGGAGAGGGUUUAGUAUUUUGGUUUGACAUGGGGACUGUGGGAGAAGAGGAUUGCAAGGCUGUGAAUCCUCGCCCCAGUGGCGGGCUUGUCUCAUGGCUGAUCGAGAUUGUGGAGAAAAUAGUGGUGAAGAGUUUGUAUGGGCAUUCCAAAAAGCCACUACAUUAUCUCCUGGGAAAUUUCGCCCCCGUGGAGGAGACCGACCCCAAUCCAAACUUGACUUUCGUGGGACAUCUUCCUCAAUGCUUGAAUGGCGAGUUCGUGAGGGUUGGCCCAAAUCCUAAAUUCACUCCAGUUGCUGGUUAUCACUGGUUUGAUGGAGAUGGAAUGAUCCAUGGUCUCAGAAUUAAAGAUGGUAGAGCCACUUAUGUUUCACGAUAUAUAAAGACAUCACGGCUGAAACAAGAGGAGUACUUUGGGAGAGCGAAAUUUCUCAAGGUUGGAGAUCUUCAAGGAAUAUUUGGACUUUUAAUGGUCCAAAUACAAGAAUUGCGCAAAAAAUUUGGUGUCUUGGACAUGUCAUAUGGAGGUGGAACAGCCAACACAGCACUUAUAUAUCAUCAUGGGAAGCUGCUUGCACUUUCAGAGGCAGAUAAGCCAUAUGCUCUUCGAGUCUUUGAAGAUGGGGAUUUACAGACUCUUGGUCUGAUGGAUUAUAAUGCAAAAUUAACACAUUCGUUCACUGCACACCCUAAGAUUGAUCCAAUUACAGGAGAAAUGUUUACAUUUGGCUACCAACAUACUCCUCCCUAUGCUACCUAUCGAGUUGUCACAAAGGAGGGAAUAAUGCUUGAUCCAGUUCCCAUAACGCUUCCAAAGCCUGUCAUGAUGCAUGACUUCGCAAUAACUGAUAACUAUGCAAUUUUCAUGGAUCUUCCUCUCUAUUUUGCCCCAAAGGAUAUGGUAAAGGAUGGCAAACUCAUUAUUUCUUACGAUACUACUGUAAAGGCUCGUUUUGGUAUACUGCCCCGAUAUGCCAAAAAUGAUCUUCAGAUGAGAUGGUUUGAGCUACCAAACUGCUACAUAUUUCAUAAUGCCAAUGCAUGGGAGGAGGGCGAUGAAGUUGUCCUUUACACUUGUCGAUUGGUUGACUUGGACCUGGAACUGGUUGGUGGACCCGUGAAAGAAAAACUAGGAAAUUUCCAGAAUGAACUAUAUGAGAUGCGUUUCAAUUUAAAGAGUGGAAAGGCUUCACAAAAGAAACUGUCAGCAUCUGCAGUAGAUUUUCCAAGGAUUAAUGAAAAGUAUAUUGGCAGAAAGCAGCGUUACGUGUAUGGUACUAAAUUAGAUUCAGUAGCUAAGGUCAAGGGACUCGUAAAGUUUGAUCUUCAAGCAGAACCUGAGGCUGGCAAGUUUCAGAUUGAAGUUGGAGGCAAUGUGCUAGGGGCUUUUGACUUUGGACCUGGAAUUUUUGGUUCUGAGGCAAUAUUUAUACCCAGGGAUUCUGGGUUUGACCUGGAAGAAGAUGAUGGUUACUUGAUCUGUUUUGUUCAUGAUGAGAACACUGGGAAAUCAGAGGUGAAUGUCUUUGAUGCAAAAACAAUGUCCCCUGAACCUGUUGCUGUUGUUCAUCUUCAAACAAGGGUACCAUAUGGUUUUCACGCCUUCUUUGUUUCUGAGGAGCAACUUCAAAAUCAAGGCUAAACUAUUGUUGAUAUUAAUGAUUCUUGCAGUCUAUUGUAGACUCAGAUGCUUUAUAUUUCAAUAAAUCAUAAGUUGGUUUACUUGUUUAAAAAAAUAACAAUUUUACACUCCACGCCUCAACUUACACAGUUCCUAGGGUGCCAAGUCGUGUAAAGGUGAAUUUGCUCUCCAUAGGAUUCUAUUAUUGAAAGGCACCUUGAGCUGUAGUAUUUGGGAUGCACAUCACUGGUUCAAGACGUAAAUCACUGCAAAGCUUUCAUACUAACUUGAGUAUUUAGAUUAUAUUAGUGUGUUUCUUUUGUUUA